AUGUCACUGGUUCACAUGAGGACAAUUGGCCGCUCCGUGCCCAAACUGAGCUCGCUCUAUUUCAGAUCAAGUGUGACUCGCCAUCUCACUUCACCACAUUUCACUUUAUCUUCUUCACCAUGCUCCCCUCCCCGAACCACACCCCGAUCCUUCAGCGCCACAGCUCGAAUCUUGGCCGAGCCCAGACUGGACCUCCCCUCUUUGGACACCAAAUGGCGUGAGAAGUGGGCUUCGUUGCCAGAAUCUGCCCCCGAGAUCAACGACGCCACCAAGGGAAAAUAUGUCCUACCCAUGUUCCCGUACCCCUCGGGCUACUUGCAUCUAGGCCAUCUCCGAGUCUACACUAUUGCCGAUGUUGUUGCCAGAUUCCACUCUCUUCAGGGGCACAAUGUCCUGCUCCCCAUGGGCUGGGAUGCCUUCGGGCUGCCCGCUGAGAACGCCGCUAUCGAGAGGGGCAUCAACCCGGCAAUCUGGACCAAGGAAAAUAUUGCCAAGAUGAAAGAGCAGCUGGGCUUGAUGAACGGGUCUUGGGAUUGGUCUUGUGAGCUAUCAACAUGCGACCCAAGCUUUUACAAGCACACGCAAAAGAUCUUCCUCCUCUUGCGGGAGCAAGGGCUCGCCUACCAGGCCGAAGCCGAGGUCAACUACGACCCCGUCGACAAGACCGUAUUGGCGAACGAGCAGGUCGAUUCGAAUGGGUGCUCUUGGCGAUCCGGGGCGAAAGUCGAGAAGCGGAAGUUGAAGCAAUGGUUUCUCCGCAUCUCGGAGUUUCGUGAGUCCCUGCUCAAGGAUCUGGACGUGCUGGCAGAGAACGGCGCUUGGCCGGAGAGGGUGCUGGCCAUGCAGAAGAACUGGCUGGGAAAGUCCACUGGUGCCACCAUAAAGUUUCCGGUCAUGGCAUUUGAGCACGGGAUGCAUGCCGCCAUCGAGGUCUUCACCAGCCGCCCGGAUACCUUGUUUGGCGUUCAAUACCUGGCGCUUGCUUCAACGCACCCGGUCGUUACCAAACUCGCAGCGGGGGACCCGGAGCUUCAGGCCUUCCUAGAUACUCUCCCCGGCCUGCCCCCUGACUCCAAGGUCGGCUACAUGCUACCCCACAUCCGCGCCAUCAACCCCUUGGCAUAUCACGAAGAAACCCCCGACGCGACCAAAGGGUCCAUCCCGGUAUACGUGGCACCGUAUGUACUCGGUGACUAUGGCGAAGGGGCGGUAAUGGGCGUUCCGGGUCACGAUGUCCGCGACCACGCCUUCUGGAAGACGCAUCACUAUGACGAGGCCGUCAGAUUCGUUCUCGCCGCUUCCGAGGAUGAGUCGACGACAGCCAUGCAGAACGAACCCUUUAUCGACCACGGCAUCAUGACGGAGCACAGCGGCCUGUACAAGGGAAAGUCCUCCGAGGAGGCUGGCAAAAUGCUUGUUGCCAUGCUCGAAAAAGCCGGCUUGGCCGAGCCCGUCGAGAAAUGGCGACUCCGAGACUGGCUAAUCAGUCGCCAGCGUUACUGGGGGACACCCAUCCCCAUCAUCCACUGCGACUCAUGUGGGGCUGUGCCGGUACCUGAAGAACAGCUCCCGGUCGUGCUGCCCGAGGUCGACGAACACUGGGCCGGCAAGAAGGCGGGUAACCCACUUGAGACACAGGAAGACUGGGUGAACACACCGUGCCCUAAUUGCAGCGGCCCAGCCAAGCGAGACACGGACACCAUGGACACGUUCGUCGACUCCAGCUGGUACUACAUGCGCUUCGUAGACGCACAUAACAAGCACGAGCCGUUCUCCCCCGAGAAGGCACAGUCCAUGUUGCCGGUCGAUCUCUACAUCGGGGGCAUCGAGCACGCGAUUCUGCACCUGCUCUACGCCCGCUUCAUUUACAAGUCCCUCAUGACGUCCUCCCUCACACCUGGAGAAGAAGUGGACGUCGCCGAUACGACCCACGAGCCCUUCCAGCGCCUAAUCACCCAGGGCAUGGUGCACGGCCGGACAUACGCCGACCCCUCUACCGGCAAGUUUCUCAAACCAGACGAAGUCGACCUCAGCGACCCCCUUGCACCAAAGGUAGCCGCCACGGACGAGGCCGCGACCGUCUCGUACGAGAAGAUGUCCAAGUCCAAGCACAACGGCGUCGACCCGACCGACGUCAUCGCCCAGCACGGCGCCGACGCCACCCGCGCCCACAUGCUAUUCCAAGCCCCCGUCAGCGAGAUCCUCGACUGGGACGGCGACAAGAUCGUCGGCGUGACGCGCUGGCUCGGUCGCGUGCACGAUCUCGUUGCACGCAUCGCCGCAACAACCCCGUCCUCAGCCACCCCCGUCCCCACACCCCGAGCCUACUUCGAAUCCACCACCACCACCACCCCAGACGCAAUCAGCACCAUGACCCCGCAGCAACUCGCCCAAUGGGACGCGGACGUGGCCGUGUGGCGCGACGUGCAGCGGACCAUCACCUCGGUGACGACAUCCUACGAGCGCGUCUACGCGCUCAACACGGUCGUGUCGGACCUCAUGGCCCUGGCCAACUCGAUCCAGGACCGCGCCGCCCUGCUCAGCGACGCCGUCCGCCGCCCGGCCGUGUCCGCCCUGCUGCGCAUGAUGGCGCCCAUCACGCCCGCGUUUGCGGAGGAGUGUUGGGCCAUGUUACAUGGUGGUGGUGAAGGUGGGGGUGGGUCGAUGUUUCGGGGUGAGGGCAAAGCGGUGUUUCCGGUGGUGGAUGGAAGUUUGGAGUUGCCCGCGCUGCAGCCGAGGAGGCUGAGUUGUGCGGUGCAGGUUAAUGGUAGGUUGAGGGUUGUGGUAGAGAUUCCGACGCCGGGUGGUGGGAUGGCGGGGGAUCAGUUGAAGGAGUGGAUUGUGCAGGAGAUUUUGAAGGCGGAUGAGGGGAAGGGGAAGCUGGUGAAUGGGACGCUUGAUAUCAAGCAGGCGAAGAAGGUGAUUGUUAUCAAAGAUGGCAAACUUGUAAAUUUUGUAUUAUAA